ACAAUACUGGGCCAAAACUGUCAAGUUUAUUUCCAGCUAAAGUUCCGGUUCCGGCCAGGUAGUUCCGGCCCGAACUUUUUUCAUGUUCCGGCCGGUUCCGGUUCUGGCCGGAACUUAAAAAGUUGGAUCCGGUGCACCCCUAGUUUACAAUAUCUAUCUAUGUAUGUAAUAGCAGUAAUUUAUCUGCAGGUAUUGGAGAAAAGAAUCUGUAAUUUGCUUUAUAUUUGCUAGCUUUUAUUUAAUUUGCUUUUAUUAGCUACCUAGGUAUGCAAUAAGGCUAUAAAUGUGCAUACGUAUACAUAUAUCUGUUGGCCGUAUAGAUGACAAAAUUGACAAAACUGUUGACGCACUUGUUGCAGCGUGCUCUAAGUUUUAAUUUACUGGGUCUAUUUACAUUUAUUGUGUUCGCCGCGAUGAGGCCACUUUUGAUCUUUAUGUGGUUUAUUUUUUAUUGUAGAAAUAUGUUACAGUAGACAGGUGCAGGUAAUAGCAGGAAGUUAUCAGCAGGUGUUGGAGAAAGAAUCUGUCGCUGGCUUCAACUACUUAGUUGUAAAAAAAUGCCAGGAAAAUGUAUGUAUACAAUCAUACAGAUAUAUUCUGGCUAUGGAAUCAGUCAAGAGUCAUUUAAAGCUAUGGGAACACUUACAUUUAAAGCUAUGCUAGUUGUAUUCAACUAGAAGGUUCCAUUAUAUUUUUAUUUUUUGUUUUAGGAAUUGUGUUACAAUAGACAGGUGCUAGAAAUUGAAGGAAUCUAGGCCUAAAUUUAUUUUAUCUGUAGUUUUGAUGAUAUGAGUUUUGUGAUAUGAUGUAAUAUGACCAAAAUUCAAUGUAUGGACAUUAUAGUUCCAGUAUGGUUUUGUUGUAUAUGCAGGGUAGGUAGCUGUAUGGGUUUAUCAUUCGUCAAGUAAUAUCUAGAAAGUUUAGUUUUCUAGCACAUUACUUUAUAUAUAUAUAACGAAAUAACAGUGUUUAUGGAUUAGACAAGGCUGCGUAUAUGCAGGAGGAGGAAAAGGUCGACACAUAAAAAUAAGUAGUCAAAGUUGGGAAAUUAAUUUUUGAAACUAAAUACGCAAUUUUUCCCUGAUUGCUUCAAUGAAACCUUUGUUUGGUUUCCAAGUUCGGUAAACAAUGCUAGUCGCUAUAUACAAAUCCAUGAACAUAUCUUUCAGUGCAAAUCCGAUUUUGUAUUUCAUAUUUUUGUGUAGUAUAUAACGAGGCGAGACAUAAAUAUAGGUGGAUGGGGUGGAGGCCAAACAAACCGUGUUCAUUGCUCGCAAUGUGUUUGUAGAGAAAAUCUCAACGUGGUGCCAACAGUUUCUAUAGAUUGGCUCGGUGCGUGUGACCAUGAUGUAAUAGACGUUAGUACCGUAGAAGUCCGAAAAAUCCGGGCUGCUCGGGGAUUGGGUCGGUCCGGAAUUUUUGAUUUUUUGGGCAGUACUUUUAAAAUUUACUGGUGGUACGAAUUUCUGGCAUCCGGACUUUUGGCUGUAGUGUAGAGUUACAGUCAAUUAUAUAUGUGCUAUAUAUAUUAUAAGGUUGUGAUUCGUAGUUAAUGAGAUGAUCCGUUAAUUUGAUUAGAGGAUCUUCUCAGGAAAGAUUUAAUUGUAUCAUUAUUAAAUGAUGAAAUUUAUGACCAAUUUCUGUUUUUCUUUUUUAGCCAUUUGAUUUUCUUGUUUGUUCAUUAAAUAUCUUUUGCUUACAUAUAUUGCUAUAUAGUCAUUUACGAUGUCAUAUUCACGGUUUAGGAUUAUAUAUGAAGUGUCAUGUAUCAUAAUAUAUGAUGAUCAUGAUAUUAGCAUAUGAUUUUUUGAAGAUGAGUAUGCAACAGUUUUGAUUAGAGUUGUUAUAUGAAGUUAAUUAGUAAUAUCAGGGGUGAAUAAUGACAAAUUGUUCCUAAUGGAAUUUUUUGUCUUUAUGUACCCCUGGACCCCUGGUAAUAUGCGACGUUAGAAAGAGAAAAAGUACAUAUGUGAUAAAUCUAUUUCGAUUUAGGUUUGAAGUAAAUCAUUUCAAUUGAACUAUGCUGUAUGGGAAUUGGUCAGUCGGCUACAUAGAAAUAAUACAGGUAGACUCUAUGUAGGUUUAAUAAACCACAUCUAGGUUCUACAGUUAUGCUGAAUGGACAAUUUCGUUAUAUUUUGAAAUAGAUCUAUUUUGCGGUUAUGUUUGGUCCAACAAUCUUAUAUAUAUGAUGUAAGUGUUUUUCAUUGGCCCGUAGUCUGUCCAAUGAACAAUAAGAAACGGGAACCGGCGUCCCAGGCACCACGAUAGCGCGUGACGUCACACUGCUAGCACAGUUGUUCGCCAGCUGAGGUGCGUUUUAUCUUGUCCUGCGUUGUUUCGAUGAAUUUCUGAUACUAGAGAUCCGACUGAUUGACUCUUCCCCGUCCGAAUCUAUACACAUCUAACCGACACAUGUUAGCGUGUCCAGUGAGAUUGUGAACAUUUAUGGCUAGCGUCAACGGCGGCAUUUAACUAACAGUGCCUAAUGAGCUAGUACUAACUGGCCGGAGGUCCUAGACUGUAGACAGACGGUGCGACUCGCUCUUCGAAGUCACAAUGACAGACAAGAACGACAACACCGGGAAAACGUUCAAGCAGCGGAAAUCUUUCGGCACAAGAAAAGAAGAAGUGGCGAGCAUUCGCUCCAAAUUUCCAACCAAAGUUCCUGUUAUAGUAGAACGAUAUCACAAAGAAAGGAGUCUGCCUGCAAUAGAUAAGACGAAAUUCCUGGUUCCACAAGACCUGAGUAUGUCACAGUUUCUCACAAUAAUUAGGAAUCGCUUGCAUUUGAGUGCAAACCAAGCGUUCUACCUGAUCAUCAACAAUAAAAGUCUGGCCAGCAUGUCGACGGUGCUAGCGGAGGUGUACAGGGACGACAAGGACGACGAUGGAUUCCUCUACAUGACCUAUGCCUCACAGGAGAUGUUUGGUUGAACAAGAAAUGCUGGGGACCCUUUCGUGGGAAUUACGGGCCGUUUGGACGUAAAAUACGGGGCGGUUUGCAGUGCCUUUCCCUGGAUGAUGGAUGGUGUAAGCAAUGCAACCUGAAGAAAGUAUAUCAAGGAAUGAAUUUACACCCAGUUCCAGAGAAAAUUAUAGUCGUGGCAGUUAUUUCAUAGUCCCUUUUUGAAUAAUCGUGUCACAAUAAUGUGUAAAUAUUUUUUCACUGUGUCAUUUGAGAUUGUAGCCCGUCUCAUAAAAUUAUUGUCCUAGAAAACAAAUUGAAUUGGGGGACAAUUGGAUGUAUACAGUCAGUUGAAAGGAGGAGUAGGGGGUAGUUUGCGUGGCUAUUGAAUGUGUGAGUCGUGUUUCAUCGGGCAGUAAUAUGUUUUUGACUGCCACCUAACAUCUUUUUUAUUUCCUGAUAAAGUAUACAUAUUGAGGUGCUUUAUUAAUAUAACUAUAGAUUAUAUAGAUAAUUAUACAGUCCCUAUUGCAUUUCUGUGUAUUUCUUUGAUUAAACGUUAAAAUCAGUUGCUGUAACUAAAUCUAUUACAUUAUUAAACCUGUUCUUUGUCUUCUUGUAUUGUUAGAGUACUUCGUUGUAAAAUCAAGUAUUUCUUGUUUAUAGUGUCAAAACAAAAAUAAAAUGGUUGACUUCAUAACUAA